GCAUGGCGCAAGCGCUGGUUUGUCCUCCGGCGGGGUCGCAUGAGUGGCAACCCAGAUGUUUUGGAGUACUACAGGACCAAGCACUCCAGCAAGCCCAUCCGUGUGAUAGACCUCAGUGAAUGUGCUGUGUGGAAACAUGCAGGCCCCGGGUUCGUUCGGAAGGAAUUUCAGAAUAAUUUUGUGUUCAUUGUCAAGACCACUUCCCGUACAUUCUACCUGGUGGCCAAGACUGAAGAAGAAAUGCAGGUGUGGGUGCACAGCAUCAGUCAGGUCUGCAACCUCAGUCAUCUGGAGGGCAGUGGAGCAGAUUCCAUGGAGAGCCUCUCUCGCAUGCCCUCCUCCCUCAGGCCAUCCCCUGCCAGCUCUCUUCAUACUGUCCAUGCUGCCAGCUCUUCUUUGCCAAGAAGUAACCCAAACACCAAUACCAUGACCACUGAGGAAACCAGAAGUGAGUCAGAGUUUCUCUUCCUUCCUGAUUAUCUGGUCCUGUCCAACUGUGAGACUGGAAGACUGCACCAUACCAGUCUUCCCACCAGAUGUGAUAGCUGGUCAAAUUCAGAUCGCUCAUUGGAGCAGACUUCAUUUGACGACGUUUUUGUUGAUGGCCUGCAGCCACUACCCUCCAGUAGCUUGGUGCACCCCUCACGCCAGGGGAAUGGAUCUCAGGAGAUGGCGUCCAUGAGGUUCCAGCCUUCUGUGAUCUGGAAUAGAGAAAUCAACUGUCCACCUAGGGAUCACUUGUCUUCUUUACCACUGUUGGAAACAGCCUUAAAUCCCACUGCUUGUGUGGAUAAAAAACAAGCUAUUUUGCCCCUUGGAGCAAAAGAACUAGACAUUAUGUCCAACAGUCCACCUCCCCGUCCCCCUAAGCCAAGUUAUCUCUCUGAACGGCGCCAAGAAGAGCAGGUCCUGUGGCAUGGGUAUGGCAAGAAGCCAGAAUGCAGUGUGGUGCCCAGAAGAAUCUCUAUCUCUGGUUUAGACCACGUGAGAACCUGGAAAGCUGACAUAGAAGGCCAAUCCUUAAAACACCGAGACAAGCGGCUAAGUUUAAACCUGCCAUGCAAAUUUUCUCCAGUGUGCCCUGCAACUUCAGCCAGUACUGAAGACGGCUAUGUGCCCAUGAGCCCCAAGUUCACUGCCUCUGGUCUUGGAACCCACUGCAGCCAGGAUGACUACAUCCCAAUGAGCUCAGGAAGCAUCUCAAGCCUACUGCCUGAGUUACCUGCAAACUUGGAACCUCCUCCAGUGAACAGAGAUCUCAAACCUCAAAGGAAAGCACGGCCACCUCCCCUGGACCUGAGAAACCUCUCCACCAUCCGGGAACAUGCAUCGCUAGCCAGGACCUGCACUGUGCCUUGCAAUCGAACCAGCUUUCUCUCUCCAGAAAGAAACAAUAUUAAUUCUGCAAGAUUUUUUGCCAAUUCUGUUACCAGAGAAGAGGAAGAAAGCUACAUCCAAAUGGAGGAGCACAGAAUGGUCAACUCCCUGAGCAGUGGUGCUCUUGCAUGGACAAAGAAAUUCAGCCUAGAUUAUUUGGCCCUGGACUUUAAUUCAGCAUCACCAGCUCCUGUGCAACAGAAACUUCUUUCAGAAGAGCAAAGAGUAGACUAUGUCCAGGUGGAUGAGCAGAAGACACAGGCUCUCCAGAGCACCAAGCAGGAGUGGACGGAUGAAAGGCAAUCCAAAGCGAUGGAGAACAGAAGGGUCUCAGCCUGCAAGUUGGGAAGGCCAAAAACCCAGGAAUUCUGAGAAGUUAAGCUUUCCUUGGGGAAGAAGGAGUCCUGAGGCCCAGCACACAGCCUAGCCAUCAAGGCACAAAGCAACCACAUGGAGUCACUGUAUGAGCCACUUCGUUGUAAAGCAAAUGUCACCUGAAUCAUCGUGACCUACAGGUCUAAGUACAAACUGAAGGUUCUUCUCCAGCCUGUUUUCCUUCUCUUAAUGGUCUUCUCAAUUGCCAUCCCUACAUAUCUGUACCUAAAAUCACACCAAUUUUUCAAAAUCACUUUGCUUCUUUCUGUUUUGUUUCUGGAAUUAAUAAAGGUCU